AUGACUAUCCAUAUUGAUCUAGAAGAGUCUGUCCAGGAACGAGCACUGAUCAAACCUUUUGCUUUGAUUGGAAGUCAGUGGAAAGACGGGGAGAGGAAAUUCGCUGUGUCCAACCCAGCCAACGAUCAAGUCAUUGCUCAUGUGACUGACGUUGGACAAGACGAGAUUCUAGAGGCCAUCGACCACGCACACCAUGCCUUCUUGACAUUCAAAGCCACGUCUGAGUAUGAGCGAGCAGCCAUGCUGAAGAGAUGGGCAUCUUUAGUCCGCCAGCACUCGCGUUCUUUGAGUAGGAUUCUUACGCUCGAGAAUGGAAAGACGCUAGCCGAAGCUGAGGCCGAGGUGGAAUAUGGGGCAUCAUAUCUCGAUUGGUUUGCAGAGGAAGCAAUUCGAUCGAAUGGCGAUGUGAUCCCGUCGAGAACUCCAGCUACAGCAAACAUCGUGAUCCGCCAACCGGUAGGCGUGUGUGCUAUCAUUGCACCGUGGAACUUUCCAAUUGCGAUGAUCACACGAAAGCUGGGCCCGGCGAUUGCGGCGGGUUGCACGGCCGUCGUCAAGCCACCUCGGGAAACCCCUCUGUGUACCUCAGCACUCGGGUACCUGGCUCUACAAGCAGGUAUCCCACCUGGGGUCAUUCAAAUUACUCCCUGUACCGACCGAAUUGCGACCGCACAUCUUUACACACACCCUAUGGUUCGGAAGGUCAGCUUCACAGGUUCGACCAAUGUCGGCAAGAAGAUUUCAGAGAAAGCUGUAUGCAGUAUGAAGAGGAUCUCGAUGGAGCUGGGUGGAAAUGCCCCAUUCAUCGUCUUUGAUGACGCAGACGUUGAUAAAGCUGUGGAGGGGGUUGUAAGCUGCAAAUUCCGCGGCUCUGGACAAACCUGUGUGUGUGCAAAUCUGCUAUAUGUCCAGCGUGGUGUCCAUGACUUGUUUACGGAGCGACUUGCUGCUCGUAUGCGAACUUUUGUUGUUGGGUCGGGCCUUGAUCCGAAUGUCACCCAUGGCCCUUUAGUCAACCAGGCAGCUGUGCUCAAAGUGAAAAGUCAUAUUGAUGAUGCCCUGGCCAAGGGUGCAACUUUGGUUAUGGGAGGCGGAAUCCUAGAACGUCCAGGGUUUUUCAUCGAGCCUGCACUCAUCACGGGAGUGACCGGAGACAUGACAGUCACUCGUGAGGAGACCUUUGGCCCACUUGCGGCAAUCAGGAAAUUUGACACGGUUGAAGAAGUGGUUGAUAUGGCAAAUAACACCGAGUUUGGACUCGCUGGCUACUUCUUCAGCGCAAACCUGCAGACGAUCUGGCGAGUGGCAAAGGCGUUAGAGGUCGGAAUGGUUGGUGUGAAUACAGGUAAGAUCAGUGCUGCCGAGGUGCCGUUUGGCGGAGUCAAAGAGUCUGGGUUUGGACGCGAAGGAAGCAAGUACGGCUUAAUUGAGUAUCAGGUGAUGAAGACAAUCACACUGGGAGGACUGCAGUGA